AAUGUCACAGGUUGGGCUGGUAUGUGGAUGCGAAUUGAUACAAAUAUAACUCAAACUCUCGAUAAUAUGUAUUAUCGACCUAUCACUGGCACUGUUGAUUGGAAGAAAUAUGAAAGUAUUUUAGAUGUUCCCAAUAAUACGGUCAGUCUUCUCUUUGGGGUUUUAUUAUCUGGUGAUGGGGAAGUUUGGUUCAAUCAAUUCGAAUUUAAUACAGUCGACGAAAGUCAAGUUCUAACUACUAACUAUAGUGUUUAUCCUAUAAAUGGAACAUCAUAUUCUGGACAACUCGACCAUCCAAUUAAUCUCUUUACAUCAUAUUCUGUGACUACUGCUACCGUUGUUAAUAACAAUAACAAUACCAAGGUCACCAAGGACUCCAGAGUGAUUAUUGGCACCACAAUAGGUGGCUUUGUUGGCGGGAUAAUUGUGUCUGCG